GCGAACGAAGUGAAAGUAUAUCUGCAGAGCAGGAAGAAGACUAAACAAACAGAAUUUACGAUUUAUUUGUGCUUUUCACAAAGAAUGUUCUGAUCAGAUUCAGUCCAGAUAAGAAGUUUGACACAUAAAGUCAUGGAAGGAUCCAAUUCUACCUGUUCUGCUCACCACCGGACAGAAUCAGACCAGCUGGAGGAGACUGAAGAUGUGCAGCAGGAUUGUCAUGAUGAAUCAGUGGAUGAUGUUCUGCUAAGAGUCAAAGACGAACACAAAAACAUCAUGAAGAACAAGUCUGAGAGUGUAGUUGAGGGAAUCAAACAACAAAUUAACACACAGCUGUACAUCAUAGAGGGAGAGAGUGAAGGAGUGAAUGAAGAACAUGAGGUUUCAUACAUGGAGACAAAGCCCAGAAGAAGUCAAGACUUACAGGACACUCCAAUCUACUGCAAUGACAUCUUUAAAGCUCAAUCACAUCAAAGAGACAAAAUCAAGAGUGUUCUUACUAAAGGCAUCGCUGGAAUUGGAAAAACAGUCUCUGUGCACAAGUUCAUUCUGGAUUGGGCCGAGGGAACAGCCAAUCAGGACGUAGAUUUCAUGUUCCUGCUUCCGUUUCGAGAGUUGAACUUGAUUCGAGAGCAUCGCUACAGUCUUCACAAACUUCUGCUGGACUUUCAUCCUGAACUUCAAGAUGUGGACUCAAAGAUUUAUGAGGAGUGUAAAGUUGUGUUCAUCUUUGAUGGUCUGGAUGAAAGCAGAAUGACUCUGAUGUUUUCAGACAGUGAAAAAGUUUCUGAUGUGACUGACACUUCAUCAGUGGCUGUGUUGAUCUCAAACCUCAUGAAAGGAGAUCUGCUUCCCUCUGCUCUCAUCUGGAUCACCUCCAGACCAGCAGCAGCCAAUCAGAUCCCCUCCAAAUACAUCACGCGUGUGACAGAAAUCCAGGGAUUCAAUGAUGCUCAGAAGGAGGAAUAUUUCAGGAAGAGAAUCAGCGACGAGCAUCAAGCCAGCAGAAUCAUGUCACACAUUAGAAGAGCGAGAAGCCUCCACAUCAUGUGUCACAUACCAGUCUUCUGUUGGAUCUCAUCCACUGUGCUUCAGAAGAUCCUGACACAAGAUCACAGUGAAGAACUCCCCAAAACUCUGAGUGAAAUGUACAUCCACUUCCUGCUGAUUCAGAUGAAGAUGAAGAAUGAGAAGUAUGAUCCAGAGAGAGAUCCAGAGAUCAACAGAGAAGUGAUUGUGAAACUGGCUGAAGUGGCUUUCAAACAGCUGAUGAAGGGCAAUGUGAUGUUCUAUGAGGAGGAUCUGAGAGAGUGUGGGAUAGACAUCACUGACGCCUCGCUGUAUUCUGGCAUCUGUACUGAGAUCUUUAAGGAGGAAUCUGUCAGUCAUCAGAGGAAGAUCUACAGCUUCAUACAUCUCAGUCUUCAGGAGUUCCUCGCUGCGUUCUACGUGUUUCACUAUUAUGUCAGUAAAACUAUGGAGGGACUGAAGGAUUUUGCAUCAGUGCAGAAUCUGCUUGAAGGUGCAGUAGAUGAUGCCAUUGAGAGUGAAACUGGUCAUCUGGAUCUUUUCUUGAGAUUUCUGUUGGGCAUCUCACUGGAGUCCAAUCAGAGACUCUUACAGGAUCUACUGACACACACAGUGGACACAUCACAAACCAUCAAGAAAACCACACAGUACAUUAAAGAUCAAAUCAAGGGUAAUGAUGGUCUGUCAGCUGAAAGAUCCAUCAAUCUGUUCUUGUGUCUGUCUGAAGUGAAUGAUCAGACUCUGUACAGAGAGAUUGAGGAGUUUGUGAGAUCAGACAAACACUCAGAGAAGAAACUCUCUGCUGCUCACUGUUCAGCAAUAGCCUACAUGCUUCAGAUGUCAGAGGAGGUGAUGGAUGAGUUUGAUCUGAAGAAAUACAACACAACACAGGAGGGCAGAAGAAGACUCACACCAGCUGUCAACAACUGCACAAGAGCUCUACUUGCUGACUGUAAUCUCACAGUUGAGUCGUGUAAAAUCAUCUCUUCAGCUCUUCAAUCUUCAGAUUCUCCUCUGAGAGAGCUUGAUGUGAGUAACAAUGAUCUUCAGGAUUCAGGAGUGAAGCUGAUCUCUGAUGCUCUCAAGAACACAAACUGUCAUCUACAGAUACUGAGGUUAUCAGGUUGUAUGGUGACAGAUGAAGGAUGUUGUUAUUUGGCUUCAGCUCUGAGUUCAAACCCGUCACACCUGAGAGAACUCGACCUGAGCUACAAUCACCCACAACACUCAACACUUCAGCUGCUCGCUUAUCAAGAUGAUCCAAACUACACACUCAACAAACUCAAUUUGGAUCACGGAGGAGAUUUUAUGAUCACACCAGGAUUGAGAAAGUAUGCCCGUGAUGUCACACUGGACCCAAACACAGCGAGUGUCCGUCUGGUUCUGUCUGAUGGGAACCGAAAGGUCACACAUGUGGAAGAUGAGCAGCCGUAUCCUGAUCAUCCAGAGAGAUUUAAGGACUAUGAGCAGGUUCUGUCUAAAGAGAGUUUCUCUGGACGCUGUUACUGGGAGGCCGAAAAGGGUGUGUGGACUGUUGUAGCCAUGACAUAUAAAGGAAUCAGUCGUGAUGGAGGAAAUAUCUGCUGCUUCGGUUACAAUGAUGUGUCGUGGGCUAUGUUCUGUAUCGGUGACAGAUACAGCGCUUGGCACAAUAAUAAACACAAAGACAUCUCUGCACCUCCAUCUAAUAGAGUAGGAGUGUAUCUGGACUGUCCGGCCGGCAUUGUAUCCUUCUACAGCAUCUCUGACACACACACACUCACACACUUACACACAUUCAACACAACAUUCACUGAGCCUCUGUAUGCUGGAGUAAGAGUGUGUAAGUGCUCUGUGUCUCUUGUUUCACAUUGAACAACAUGCUGUGAGAAACAACUGAAAAGCACACAUACCGUCUUUUUUUGUCUUAAUAUCAAACAGACAAAUUAUAGUCCAUUAAAUUGUGUGGAGCAGAAGUUCUUUGCAAUGCCGAACAGACAGGAAGAUAUUUGGAAGAACGUCAGAUCUCAUUCCCCGUUUACUGCAAUAGUAAGGAAAAUAAAUACUGUUGGGAGUAUGACAUUCUUCCAAAUAUCUUUCUGUGUGUUCAGCAGAACAACGACAUUUAUGCAGUUAUGUAACAAUCUGAGGGUGAGUAAACGAUGACAUAAUCUUCCUUUUUGGGUGAAGUUUCCCAUUAACUUGAGAACCGCUCUAGCAGAACGUAAACCGAUCGGAUGUACAUACAGUGAUAAGACAGUAAAUAAGUCAUAAACAUAUUUCAAAUGUGUUUCACAGUGUCACACCUCUGAUGUUUGAUAAUAUAUCGGGCUUGCAAGCUUUUUAUGAACCUUAAAAACUUACACGCAUGCGCAGUGUCAUCAGUUCUCAAUAGGAUGUGUUCACAGGGCUGUGUUCAGCCCAGACAAAACGUUUUUUCAACGUAAGCGGUGGUGCGAUGAACAGCUGGUUCUGGUGAUGCAAGAGUUGAACUAUGGCAGCUGAGAAGACCAUUCUUUUGAAAUAUUUUUGGGGCCAUGUGAAUCGGUAUUAAUACGUGUGUAAUACUGCAAAAUACGCUUGAUGUUACAGUCACUGCCUUUUGUUGAAACUGUGGUUCUUAAUAAUUGUGAUCAAACAUUCGCCUUCCAUUUCAGGAUAAAGACAAACAUUUCAGGUGAAGGAAUCGCCUUCCUGCCUCCAAGAAUGUGUUAUGAUCUUUAUGAUGACUUUAUUAUUUUUAUUGUGAGUAUGAGGCUUAUCAUUAUUGCUCAUCGCUGUUGUUGUGCUAUGAAAUUGUAAAAUUUAUCAAGAAUAUAAUCAGAGGAGCGUGGAAAAGUUUAUGAAAGUGUCACUCCACAAUACAAUAGCAAAAUGUA